AUGGGAAACAAGGUCUCGGCCGUGCACGGUGUCAAGUCUGACCACUUUUAUGACCAAGGAAACGCAGUUAACGAGAUCUGGGUGGGAGACGUUGAAGUGAUCUCGCGUUUGCCGUUCGGUGACUCCGACCUCGAGCAAGCCGGCUGGCCCCCGGGAGACUUCCCAAAGAUCCCCUGGCAUCAUUUCAUCAUUCCCAUGCACAAGCGCGACGAAGCCAGCAAUAUGACAGCGAGUCUUCCCUCGUGGGCUGAUGCGACUUGCCCGGACCCGCUACCAGAGCAUGGUUACCUGGGCAUGUACACAGGCAUCUCCUCACCUGCUGCAUAUUUUAUCGGGGACUUUUUCCUUCUCCUCGCUCUCGUCAUGUACCGGUGUUUUCUUAGCAUGGUCAGCAAUGCUUUCUUCGACUGGCAAUAUCUACGGGGGGCAUCACACCUCUACCCGGACCCGGCUGCGAUCAGGCGCACGGCUAAGCAUAACCUUUGGACCGACCUCGGCAAAGCAUUCACUGUGGUUGCUCUUUCCAUUCUCUGCUUGGUGCUGGGCGCGCCUGCUCUCGAUGCUGCCGCAAGGACAAUGAACGCGGCCUCAUUCGUUCUGUCAAGUGCGGUCGGAGGCGGUCUCGGUGCUCUCAUCAGCGUCGUCGUAAUACCUUUACUCUUUCUGUGGUGGACGAGAAAGCCACAUCCUGUGACGACCGUAUGUUCGAGAGCUGAAGAUCCCAACCCAGUUUCGUGA